AUGCGUUGUGCCGGAGAAGAUAACUAUGGCCUUCCUUCGGCCCGAGUGGUGCGAGAGAAGAACCUGUUCAAAGAGGGAGACCAGAACCACGUGACCAAAAUCCUCACCCACUGCACCGUUCGGAGAUGCUGGGAAGAAUGCGUAAAGAAUUCCGAUUUCUUCUACCGGCGAGAACUCGUUCAGAAAUUCAACAGCGAGAAUCGGUGGAAGAAGCGGGGGAUUGCCGUGAUCCCGACGGCAUACGGGAUGGCGUUCGGAAUUCGAGUCUUGAAUCAAGGUGGAGCGCUGGUUCACAUCUACACUGACGGCUCCGUCCUCCUCAGUCACGGCGGGGUGGAGAUGGGGCAGGGACUCCACACCAAGAUGAUCCAGGUCGUAGCGAGUCGGGCGUUAGGCUUGCCGGUGUCGUACUUCCAUACGAUCGAGACUUCCACAGACACGGUGCCCAAUAGCAGCCCCACGGCUGGCUCCAUGGGAUCCGACCUAAACGGAGCCGCCGUCGUAGUGGCAUGCGAGACGCUGAAGCAGAGGCUGGAGCCCUUCAUGAGGGAAAACCCAAAGGGGAGCUGGGAGGACUGGGUGAAGGCCGCCUACUUCAACAGGGUCAGCCUCUCUGCCACUGGAUUCUAUCGAACCCCAGCGACGUUUAACAAUUGGAAGAAGGGUGACGCUUUCCCAUAUUAUUCUUACGGAGCGGCCUGCUCGGAGGUAGAGGUCGACUGUCUAACCGGAGAUCACAAGGUGCUGAGGACGGAUAUCGUGAUGGACGUGGGGGAGAGCCUGAACCCUGCCAUAGACAUUGGACAGGUGGAAGGAGCCUUUAUUCAUGGAUAUGGGUUAUUUCUCCUUGAGGAAGUGCUAUACUCACCCGAGGGCAAGAUCCUGACCCAAGGACCUUCCACCUAUAAGAUCCCUGGGUUCGGGGACAUCCCCGAGGAGUUCAAUGUCUCCCUGCUCAAAGGAAGCCCCAACAUCCACGCCGGUAUCGGAGAGCCUCCCCUGUUCCUGUCGGCCAGCAUCUUCUUCGCGGUGAAGGAAGCCAUCGCGUCUGCCAGGCAGGAAAGGAACUUGUCGAGGAUUUUCAAACUAGACACCCCCGCCACAGCCGAAAGGAUCCGAAUGGCCUGCCAGGAUCAAUUCACUGACAAGACUCUCUCUUCCUCGUCCUUCCUUUCUGUUCAUCCGAUCGACUCGGGGCUGCACCGCUCGCUUCGUCUGGAAGGAGAAAUGGUGAAUCCGACUAUGAAUACCCUCGUCUUCUACGUCAAUGGAGUCAGGGUCGAGGACGAUGAUUUUGAACCUGAGUUCAGUCUAAUGGAUUACCUCAGGAGAAAGCGGAACCUUUGUCGGUGCACUGGAUACAGGCCGAUAAUCGAGGGCCUCAAAUCCUUCACGUCGGAGUUUCAGUGCUGCAAAGGUGAGAAUGGAGGUGAAUGCACAUGCAUGAACGGCGCUGAUACCACGACACCAGAAGAGGAAGAGCAUCCUCGACUCGUUCAACAGAGCCACCUUAUCCCUUUCGAUCCUACUCAAGAACCCAUUUUCCCUCCCGAACUUCAGGCAGCUGGGAACAUCGUGACCAGCAGCCCCAUCUCCGACCUCAAUCCCCUCUUUCAAGCCGUCCAGUCUCGCAUCUUCCUUCAGAGUUCAGGUUUGGGUGGUCCUCAGAACUUCUUUACCGGUUACCGGAGGAACAUCAUCCGACCGGAAGAGAUCCUGGUGUGGAUCGAGAUCCCUACCACGUCCCCUGAUGAAGUAUUCAAAGGAUACAAACAGGCCCGGCGAAGAGAGGACGACAUCGCUAUCGUCAAUGCUGGAAUGUUCGUCCAAUUCCAUCCUGGGUCGAGAAAGGUCAAGGACAUCCGUCUAUCAUUUGGUGGAAUGGCUCCGUAUACCGUCAUGGCCACCAGGACCAGGAACGACCUCAUCGGAAAGGAAUGGAAUGAAGACUUGCUGGAGGAAGCUCUGGAUCUGCUGAAGGAAGACUUGCCCUUGGACCCAGGCGCUCCUGGGGGCAUGACUCGUUACCGUCAAAGUCUCACUCUCAGGCAAGUUUUCCUCUUCUUUUACAAGUUCUGGCUGGAAGGCUGUCGACACCUCGGUAUGAAACUGCCUCCUGGAACAGAUAGCGUUCUAGGGACAUAUCACAAAGACUUCCCCAAGGCCUCUCAGUAUUUCCAAAUAGUGCCAGGAGGGCAGCCAAAAUGGGACGCAGUCGGGAGGCCGAUGGUAGCGAAGUCCGCGUACCAUCAGGCGACAGGGGAAGCCCAAUACGUGGACGACAUACCACCACGGGACAAUGAAGCGCAUCUCGUUCUCGUCUACAGCUGUCGCAGUCAUGCAAAGUUGGUACAUGUGGAUCCAAGCCCAGCUUUUGACAUCAAGGGUGUCAUCGGAUGGGUGGGAGAAGAAGAUCUCCCUGGUGAAAGAAAUCUCUUCGGGGAAACUAGUGACGAGUUCGUCUUCCGACGGGAUAAGGUGACUAGCGAUGGCCAGGUCAUUGGUGGAAUCCUGGCGGAGACGAGGGAGAUAGCCAAAAUCGCUGCUAAAGCCGUCCGAGUCGAGUAUGAAGAUUUGCAACCCAGAAUCAUCACAAUUGAGGAGGCGAUAAAGGAGCGAGAAUUUUUUUGGGAGGACUGGACGGAAAUCGGCAACGUGGAUGAAGCUCUGUCCCAGGCCCCUCACGUCCUCGAAGGCCAGGUCAGAGUUGGGGGUCAGGAACACUUCUAUUUGGAACCCCAGUCCUGCAUCGUCACACCAUUGCAUGAACAUGAUGAAUUUCUCAUCCACGCCUCCAUCCAGGAUCCAUCGCAUGCACAAAGAGGCGUGGCGGAAGCCCUGGGCAUACAAUACAACCGGGUGACAUGCAAGGUGAAGAGAAUCGGCGGUGGAUUCGGAGGGAAAGAAGCGCGGAGUGUGCUGCACAUCAUAUCAGCUGCUGUUGCCGCUCGAAAAUUCGGUCGCUCGGUGCGAAACGUCCUGGACAGAGACGCGGACAUGAUCUCAACCGGAGGACGCCAUCCUUUCCUGGGCAGAUACAAGGUCGGCUUCAGCCCCGACGGAAGGAUACUUGCUCUCGAUGUCACCAUGUACUCCAACGCUGGUUACAGCUUUGACCUUUCCCAAUACGUGAUGAUCAAAGCCAUUUGUGGCUCAACGAACGCCUACCACAUACCGAACGUGCGAGUUAGAGGCUACGUGUGCAGGACCAACAUUUGCUCUAACACGGCGUUUCGGGCGUUCGGGUCACCCCAGGCCAUGAUGAUAUGCGAGCAGUGGAUGCAGGAUGUCGCCGAGUUCCUCUGCCUGGAUCCCGUUGCGGUACGAGAGAAGAACCUGUUUAAAGAGGGAGACCAGACCCUUCAGACCAAUAUACUCACCCACUGCACCGUUCGGAGAUGCUGGGAGGAAUGUUUCAAGAACUCUGAUUUCUUUUACCGGCGAGAACUCGUCAAGAAAUUCAACAGCGAGAAUCAAUGGAAGAAGAGGGGCUUGGCGAUGAUCCCGACGGCAUAUGGGAUUUCUUUCGGGAUUCGAUUCCUGAAUCAAGGCGGAGCUCUGGUGCACAUCUACACCGACGGCUCCGUCCUCCUCAAUCACGGCGGGGUGGAGAUGGGGCAAGGACUCCAUACCAAGAUGAUUCAGGUAGCAAGUAGGGCGUUGGGCUUGCCAGUGUCGUACUUCCAUACUAUCGAGACCUCCACAGACACAGUGCCUAACACCAGCCCCACGGCUGGCUCCAUGGGAUCCGACCUAAACGGACCAGCCGUUAUCGAAGCAUGCGAAACGCUGAAGCAGAGGUUGGAACCCUUCAUAAGGGAAAACCCAAAAGGGAGUUGGGAGGACUGGGUGAAGGCCGCCUACUUCAAUCGGGUCAGCCUCUCUGCCACGGGAUACUGUCGAACCGCCGGAGGAAGCAACUGGAAGCAGGGCGACACAUUCACGUAUUAUUCUUACGGAGCGGCCUGCUCAGAAGUGGAGAUCGACUGUCUAACCGGCGACCACAAGGUACUGAGGACGGAUAUCGUGAUGGACGUGGGGGAGAGCCUGAAUCCGGCCAUAGACAUUGGGCAAGUGGAAGGAGCCUUUAUUCAGGGAUACGGGUUAUUUCUCCUUGAGGAAGUGCUGUAUUCACCUGAGGGCAAGAUCCUGACCCAAGGACCUUCCACCUAUAAGAUCCCUGGAUUCGGGGACAUCCCCGAGGAGUUCAACGUCUCCCUGCUCAAAGGAAGCCCCAACAUCCACGCCGUCUACUCCUCCAAGGCAAGGCUUGCAUUCAAAUUUUGA